UUUAAUAACAUGGUGACCCAGGGUAGCGUUUUAGUAGUUAAAUCAGUUAGUUUUAGUUAUGUUAUUUGUAUUUUUCGAAAAUGUGUUAAUAUAUUGAUAAGUGAUAUUGGAUAUGAUUAUUUUCAAUUUACAUUUCAAAUUCAGAGCUGUGUUGUAAAUAUAUAGUAUUCAUCAGUUUUAUUUGCAUAUUUAUAGACUGUUCUCUAUUUACAAAUUAGAUGUAUACAGAUAAAAUAUAUAUUUUAUACAUACCUAUAAUAACUUCACUAUCUAACAGGGUAAAAUGUUAAAUAAAAUUUUUAACUAUCAACUGCAUUGUAAAUUAGUAAAACAAACUAUACCAACUUUUAAACGCAUAUGGAUGAAUCACGAAGCACAAGCAUUGUUGAUUUCCAUGGUGACUGUUGAAAAAUUGAUCAAACACAAUUGGCUAAGUUCUUUUGUCUGUGGAGUGAAUUUAGUAGGUUGUUCGAAUCCCCAAAGUAUAAGUGAAUUUAAUUUACUUACCAAGUAUAUAACGAAUUGCGAAUAUGCCUGCAAAAAAGAAAAAAGGGAAGGCAUCGAAAUUAUCGCGUAUGAGCGAUGAAGAGCGAGCCAGAUAUUUGCAACAUCGAGCGGAAAUAGAAUUGGAAGCCAAGAGGCGCAAGCAACAAUUAAUUGCUGCUUUUACAAAGAAUAAACUGAAGCAUGAAGAAGCAUUUUCAAGAUUGAAUACUGCGAAAAUAAACGAACAGUGGCGCCAUUUACUUCGUCAAAUAAAGUGUAAGGAAUUGUAUCAGGACGUUAAACACCUUUGGCAAAAUUUCGACGCCACUUUGAAAGCCAAAAACUCAAUAAUUGCAAAACUCUAUGAUGAGUUAGAAUUAUCUGACAGAGAUCACAGGCGAUCACAAGAGGCUCACAUCAUGACGAUCGAUAAAUUCAUAGGUGAAUUAAAGAUAUACAUACUCGUGAACAUACAUAUCACGUUUCCGCUAAGAGGAAACAAUAUUAUGUUGACCGUAAAUAUUUUAUCAAUGAGUCGCAUUGUGUAUAUUUCAGGUAUACACAAACAGAGAUUGAGUUAUUUGCAUGAUAAUUAUGCGAAAGAACUAAGAAAACUUGAAUACAUCGGCACUGUGGAAUUGACUGAAGUUAAAAAUAAACUGGAGAACAGUUGUAAGGAACAAGACACUAUUAUAUUUGCACAGAACAAAAGUCUGGAGAGUAGCUUAGAAAAAACAAGGUCACAGAAUGCUAUCCACACACGUACCAUCGUGCAUUCGAAAGAGGAAGACAUAAUGGAACUGAGGCAGCGUGUUGUGGGCAACAUGGAGCAUCUGUGGUCGCAACUGCUUGCGACAAUCACAGACUAUGAAGUGCUGACGGAAAACAAAAGGAAACAGUAUGAGUACCUGAAGGAACAGGAUGAUGCUGUUAGAGCAGAAGCAGCUAUGUUUCCUAAACAGCAAUCCCAGCUCUUAGACACAAUCGAUAUUACCAAAGGACAAUUAGAUGAUUUGGCAUGGGAGCGUGGGGAGCAGAUAACGGAGUUGAAACAACAGCUGGAACAGCUGAACAAAGCGAUUUGGGAUCUGAGAUCAAAGAUAAAAAUGGCUCAAAUCACAGACGCGAUUCAGCUAAAGAAACUCAGUGUUAUAAGCAAUGGAGUGAAAAAGGAAUUGGAUAGAAUUCUGGAAAAAGGAACGAUGUUGCAGCUUCUCAGCCAACUUUGUUCAAGUUUAGAAGAAGACCGAGAUGGAAUUGACAAGUGUUCUAACAAAGAUAAGGAGUUAUUACAAUGCUACGAGAAAACGGGCGUAGAAAACGUGACAGAACCGUUCGACAGAAUGGAAAAGUUCUGGAAGCAGUUUAACGAAGUGAAGGCAGAGAAUAUUUUAAGGCGGAAAGAGCGCGUUGAGUUGUUGCAGGAAAACAGACAUUUGAGGCACAGCUUGCGUGUGUAUCUAGUUACUGUAGCCAGAAUGCCAGCUGCGAGACCUCAUACAGCCAUUUGAACUUUUAUAGUUCAAUAAAAAAACUAAUUUAUCUAGAUUUUCGCUUUUAUUUUAAUAUAAAUAUUGAUGCACACAAAUAUGAAAUCUGUAUCGGUAUACACAUUUUAUUCCAAUGUGAAAAUCUAGAUAC